GUUUCGUAUCCAGGUAGCUCUGAGGAUGACUGUAUAACUAUAAAACGCAGCGUCGGAGACAUUGUAUUAUGAUUGCACAAAUAUUAUUGUGAUUUCUAGAGAUAUCAUAAUGACAUUUGAGGCCCUGUUGGUGUCGUUCUUUGAAAACGUCAGAUAUUGACAUUCGAGAGCUGAGUUAGGCAAGCAUGGCGCGGUUGGAUAUUCACGUUACAGACAAAGUGCUAGAUUUUUUACAUUUUUUUCUUCUAUUACAAACUUUACAACCUUCUUCAACAUAUGUAGAUGCAGUAGAAAGUCACAGCCAAGCGUUCAUCCAAACAGACAAACAUUUGACCUACAUUGUGGGUGAUAUUAGUGGAAUACCUUUAGAAAUAAAACCAGGUCAUGGGUUUCCAGACCCGCUUUCAAUUCAAGAUGAUAAACUUUUUUCCAGUAGCAUUAGAUUGGAUCCUGCUAUGCUGGACUUUCAACAACAGCCAGUUGGAAUGCCGCGUAUGGAAAGAGUCAUAGUUCAAAAUAAUGACCCUAAAAAUAGUUUACACUUAGUGUCAAUAUCAGGCAGUACAGUGCAUUUUCAUUGCUCAUUUUUUCAAGAUAAAAUUGUUCCCCCUGGGGGAAACACUACAUUUGAUGUCGUAUUUCUGGCCAGACAGGAAGGGAAUGUGGAGAAUACCUUAUAUAUCCACACCUCCAUAGGCUCGUUAAAAUACCAGGUUUUUGGUGUUGGUAUUCCCAACCCGUAUCGCCUGAGGCCGUACCUCGGAGCCAGAGUACCCAUCAACAGUAGUUUUUCUCCUUUAAUUCAAAUGCAUAAUCCUCAUAAUAGAAGGCUACAGGUGCUGGAGAUGUUUUCUAGUGAAGGAGACUUACAUCUAGAACUCCCGUCAGGAGCAAAAGAGGCAUCAAAAGAAUUAUGGGAAUUACAGCCAUUUGAGACUAAGCCUGUGAUGCGGGCCAACUUUGUGGGUCGAGUAGAAAACAACCACACAGCAUUUAUCAGGAUAAAAACAAACCAGGAGAGUGACUCCGAGAUGCUGAUACUGCCGGUGGAGGUGGAGGUGUCGUCAGAGCCAGGCAUAUACUCACCGAUAGAGAUGAUAGAUUUUGGUAUUUUGAGGACGCUCGACAAACCCAAAGUUGUGAAGUUGAACCUCAUCAAUACAGGAGCAAAACCUAUACAUAUCUCCAGUGUGAAUGUGUCGCCUAGCAACGAUGCUGUUAGCAUAGACUUCCGACCUAUAAAGCUGCAGCCAGACCCAGGGAGGCAGGUCACAGUUGCACAUAUCACAUACAACGCUGUCAAAGCAUUUCACCCGAAGCAGUGGUCUGGGAAACUUGUCAUCAGAACAAAGAACAACUUCCACAAACUGAUAAUCCCCUUCCGGGCAAAUGUCCUGCAUGGGUCACUGGUAUACAAUGUCAACACCACCUACUACUUUAGUGCAAAAGCCCUGAAGAACGUCACACGGCCGAUGAUGUUCACAAACACCUUCAAUUUCUCCAUAGUCAUCUUCAACGUCACACUUCCUGCUGACGUAGCCCAGUUCUUUUCUAUCUUCAACUUUACUCAGCCUGUGUUGCUGCAACCCCAGCAAAUGGCCACGCCCUUCCUGGUCAAGUUCCAUCCCAACGAGACGCAGCUGCACUUCAACACAGUGCUCACUAUACACUCAAAUGCAUCCACUUUCCAGAUUCCUAUCAUCGUCUAUAACGGGCUGUUCAAGGUUAUACAUCAUCGGCCAGAGAAGUUCAAAGGGCAACUUGAUUUCGGUACUAUGGGAGUAGGAGAAAGUCGAAGUAUGAUUUUUACUGUGCGCAACGACAACCCAGUGGAUGUUGUGGUGGGUGAGUUUAGUUCCAACAUGAACCGUACCACCGUCGAGAUCCUUGGUAUGGAGCGAGGGAACGGGACGACCCUCACCCGGGUACACAACAAGUCAGAGAUAGACACAGAUCCGCUGGUGAUCAAGCCCUACCACUUUGCUGUGUUCAGUGUUAAUGUUGUUGCGCCCAACGAGGAGGGGGCGUAUGCAGCCGAGGUGUUGAUAGUCACACAAUUUCAGGAUAUUUUUAUACCAGUGACUCUGCGUACAGCUGAGGGGAGCCUUCAUGCCAUUCCAGACAAAUUUGUUUUUGAUAAGGUUUACCCUGGUAAAAUUCCCUACAAAGUGCUACAGAUACACAGUACAUUCAGUGAGUACAUGGAGGUGACCCAGGUGAUGUUCCAGCCUGCAGACAGGAGGUUCUACUUUGUCCCCCAGAACCACAACACAGUUCUACUUCAGCCCCACGAGCAUAAUGUUGUUGGAAAAAUUUAUUUUGACCCUAAAAGGGGUUGCCAAGAAGAUUGUUACGUUGGUUUACCAACAUACGUACCUGCUGGACACCAGUGGCUGCUGGGCCUGUCGCUGGACAAGGAGGUCGCGGACACAGACCAGUAUCUAUACACACGACUGCAGCAGAAGUGGGAGGAACUGGAACUCUCAGAAGAAAAUACAGCAAAUGUUACAAUAGAGUUAGACACAAACCAAGUUCGGGGGUUUUUAUUCUCGGCUCAGGCACAUCUGCACUGGCCAUCCCUAGUGCGGAAAUGCAAGAUCAAGUUUCCCUUGACGCAGAUAGGCAACAUAUCAGUAUCAGAUUUUAUAGUGGAGAACACGGGAGACCUGCCAGUUUUAAUGCAGAUCCUGCCCCUUCCUCUGUACCCAAACCCCCACACCAUCCUGGAUCUACUCAACUACAAAUUAUCAGCUGACCUUACAGACUUUAUAGAAACAGAAGACUUAGACACCUUCACUCUCCAGGACUUGGAGGAGUAUAAUGAUAAUGCUCAGAAUCCAAUCCCUGGACUACGCAAGUCGGUGGAGAACUUGUUGGGAGUGAAGGCACACAAACACUCCAUAGCCUCUGUACUCCAACCGGGGGCCAAGUUGAAGGUCAGAGUGGGUUUCCAGCCCAAGGAUGACUACUCCAGAACAUCCAUCAUACUAAUAAGAAACAACCUGACCAUCAUUGACACAGUGGUGGUGCAGGGCCAGGGGUGUCGGGGGGAGAUGAGAUUCAGCAACAGGAAGCCGGGCUCGCACUCGCCCCUCAUGUUCGACAUGAAUGAAAAACAUUUGAAAAACUGUGAUAUUUCAGAGAAAAAGCCCAGCAAGAGCAUGGUGCCACAUUUUACAGUACGGCGGACAUUCACGUUGCGGAACACGGGAGAACUGCCAUUCUACGUCCAGGGAUUCAGCAUCAAUGGUUCACCCUGUGAAGGCUAUGGCUUCAAAAUUCUAGACUGUGAAGGAUUUGAAAUGCCUCCAAAUACUAGCAGAAAAAUAGAUAUUGCCUUCACCCCGGAUUUUACCAUGUCACGAAUCCGGAGGUCCCUGACAGUUCACACAAGUUUAGGUCCCCCUGCUAACUAUACGCUACAGGCAACAGUACCCCCCCACCUCCUGUCCAAGUGUUCUGCAGCGCUGCCCCGCCCCAACUGGGAGCCAGUGCUGUACUACUCCAUCGUGUGCGUCAUGAACUUCCUUCUUGUCUGCAUCCUUGUGGCAGCAUACUUUGAAGCAGAUCGGAUCAUUGUGGCAGACAUUCUCAAACGUAAGCUCCGGGUCAACACGGCGCAGUCAUUCGACAAAGGGAAGGUUUUUGAUUUACGUAACGUAGCUGGCUUGUCGAUCUCUCCCAAGCCACCCCCACCUCACUUAACGGCGGACAUGAGAGGACGGCAGAUGAUCGAGAUCAACGGCCACUUGGAGUACAAGCAGGCACGGCGAGAACCUUUCAUCGGCAGCAUUCUCAGUGUUCUCAGAAAUCUCAUUCCACGAAAAAUAUCACUCUUUUCACGGCGAUCUCAUGUUGAGAGACAGAGUUCACGUGAGCGAGAGGCAAAGUCUGUGUCAGUAAUUACCAGUGCGAAGCCACAGACCAUUGAUAAAGACAAACCACCAACCCCCACUCCAACCCCGACCCCAACCCCAACCCCACCACAGGAAGCUGUGGCCCCAGAGAAAUCCAUACCACCACACAGAAUGAAAAAAUCCAGAUCUACAUCCAGACGGAAUCAGGAUUCGAACUCGGCCGAUGGGCACCUGCCGACUAGAUCCGGAGACCGUAAUAAAGAUAUGACCAUUCCAGAACAGAAACGUACCGAUAUCGACCUUAGUGACCCCCCGAGUGCGGAGAUCCGCCAAGGGUCAUACCGAUGGGACCGGUCGUCCAGCACUGACCAAGGAGAACGUGCUGUUGAUGACAUCACAGAAAUAAAAGAGGAUGUGAGCCAGCUAAAGCUCGGUAAGAUGAAGAAUAAGAAGAAGAACAGGACUCGCCUGGAGCGGGACCUUCUCAAGGACAAAGUCCUGCUGCCCCAGCGGGAGAACUCCCUGACAGACGACCGGGAUGAGAUCUCCUCCACCACCACCGACUCCUCCGCUGGAGAUGUUGAGGAGAAGAAUUCCAGUGCUCGAGACUCCACGCCCGAGCCCCUUGUACCACUAGUGAAGAGAUCCAAGACUAAACUCCGACCCAUGGAUCGGGCAGUUCCUGCUAUCCUUGACGAUGACUAUAAUGAGGAGGAGGAGUUUGAGUUGACCUCCAAAUCAAGAGGUCAUCGAAAGAUUCGUGUCAACCCAAAAGAGACUUUUGGGGGAAACAUCCUGAGACCAAGCACCCUGGAGCUGCCCUACAGUCUGGAGACCCGCAAGACGAAGGACUCGACUGCAUCAGCUGACUCGGUCGGCAAGAACAAGCGGCCAUCCAAGACAACACGAAGCAGCUCGAAGGGUGACACUUUGUUGCACACAACGGCCAGCGACAGCAGUGACCCUGACAAAGAUUUCCAUGCGCCUCCAUCGUGGGACUUCCCCAGUGCCACACUCACGCCUGGUGACCUCACAGAGCUGUCCAUACAGACCGAGAACUUUGCCCAGAAGCACAUCAAGAGUCUGGGUAGUAAUGGUAGCGCCAGUAACGGUGGCACCAGCAGCCAACUGAACGGCUUCUCCCCCGAGGCACUCACCAGCUCCAGUCGCUCCAGCAGCUACAGCAGCAUCGUCAGCAACAGCAGUAGCGACUCCAACACCAACAAGGCCAAGGGCAAACAAUCCACUGCUGGUGACAAGCGAGCUACAGGGUUCUCACCGUUUGGUGAGAAUGGCCUCCCAGGACCUAUUGCUUCAGGACCUAUUGGGAUCAAGAACGGAGCUUCCAAGUCACCGACCAACAAGACCAGGAACCCCUGGAGCGGUGGUCCCCCAUCCCCGGACACCAUUGGCAGUUUUGGCCUGACCACCAUUGAGGAGAACUCCUCAGCACCCUUCACAUCCCAGUCGGCCAGCAUCGACUCCUUUGGCCAGCAAGAGUACGGCUUCACAGGGAAUGGCUACACAAACCCAAUGGAGCAGAUUCCCAAGCAGCCAUCCAUGAUGCAACAGCUGAUGGCAGAACGUCGCCGCCGAUACAGAGAACAUCAGCUCAAGAUGCUCAACAAGGGUGAAGACUGGCCUGGCUUUGAUGUUCCUCCUGUCAGGAGUGACAGCUUGUGGGACUCCGAGUACAACCCACUGGAGAACGCCUGGUCCGUGGCCACAGACUCUCCUCCCAGUGCCAAUGCCGGUGGUUUCUGGAAUGCGCUGACCAGUUCGGCCACCAGCGGCUGGAACAACCUGACCUCCAUCUGGUCCAACAAUCCCAGCACAUCCUCCUCGUCUGCCAUGGAGAACGAGGUGGUGUACCCAGAGCCGACAUACUCAGGAAACUCCAGCCCACAGAUCUCCAACGCUGGAACGUUCAGUCCGUUCAGCCCGACUGUUGACAUGGCCAUCUGGAGCCCCAAGGCCACCACAGCCAACACAGCCGGCACAGGUUGGGGCCAGUUCCUCCCCCCAGAGGGAGACAACCCUAAGAACACUGACAACUAAACUGUAACACAACUUAGAGUGACCUCCCUUUAUAGCAUUCCCAGCAGCUCCUCGGAGUGUUACACUGCUCUGUUUGCUCUCUGUACCAUUGCUGCCAACACUUACUUAGCCCAGUGUAGAUCUCACCCAAUAAGUUUAUUUCAACAUUUAUGGUAGUAAGUUAGGAGAGAUAAAAUCUAAUGUGUAGAUCUGUUGCCACAUUACAUAUGUUCUAUAACUUUGUCUAGGCUUAAUUGAUGGAACCAGACAAAUAUACCUUGACCAUUAUCAAAUUAUAAGUGAUUUCAAACUUGUGACAUUAGCUAAAUCUCACUGGUGGAAAACUAGACAAAAUUUCAGUUCUUUGGAAUACUUUACAGUAUAGUUUAAUUUGAGCCAUGGAGCAAACAUUUCCUUUAUCACUCUGGCGGCAGCAGUGAUACGGAGCAGUGCAUCACCAAGAGUAAGCUACCUUUGUCUUCAGAACUAGACUUGAACUCCCCCACCAAGUGUUUGCUGUUUGUUGGUUUGUUUUGUUGCCCUCUUAUCAUGUGUAUUAUCCUACCACCUAAAUACAGAUAUUGUAACAUGUGGUGUAGUGUAUGAUAUACCUCCUUUAAAACCCACCUAGAAUUUCAUUGGAACUACUCGAAUGAUUAGCAAUCGUUCAGUGUUAAGGACUCAGUAGUUUUCUUUAUGUGUGCUACUUGUAUCUAGGUUAUUGCAUAGUUAUCUCAUGUCCACACAAGGAAAUGUGAACUGUAGCUCGCUGAUGUUGAGUGAAGAGACAUGUCUCUAGCUGUAGUGAAAUGUGGACUGUGUAGGUGGCUUUGGCUUUAAGUGAAUAGAUGUGUAUCUAUCAGUAGCAAGUGUCAUAACUGUAGCUCCCUCAUCGUCUUGUCAGAGUCAGAAUGUCUCCAGAUACUGCUUGUUCAACUAUACUAGUGCUGUUUGUAUAUAUGUUUAAUUUUCAAGGGAGGUCACUCUAUGUUAGCAUCUGUGAAGGAUUGUUCACAGGAGGAGUGGUCAUGAUAAUCAAGUAUAUCUAAGGUGUUCCUCGGGUUAUGGAUUUGAGAAACAUAGUUAUUUUUUUAUUAUACUGCUCAAACAUUUGACCGACCUUUCACUGAUGCAGUCCUGAUGAAUUCCAGUUGUUGUGUACACAGGUGGAUCAGCAGUCAUCGCUGUCUUGUGGUGCAGUCUGGUUUGAAAGCAGUCCAAAAGUUUGAUGUCAGUUAAUUUGAAAUUGAAGAGAUGCAUGCACUCAUGCACACACACCUCCGUGAAUAUGUUGAUGUGCUCAAAGUAAAUAUCAGAGAGAAAAAACACCCAAAUCCUAGUGUCUGGGUCUCUGGAAGCACGGCACAACGUGGCAUAACGCUAUUCACUGACAGAGGGAGAAUAGGACAAAUAGAGCUGUUAUAAGUAUUGACUUGGUCUUUGAGAGCCCUGCAAGGUUGAUUUGUUGUGAAUGGAAAUAUAUCUUUCUCCCCCACUCACCCCUCCAGUGCGAGCACGCACGCAUGCACCCUGAGGAAUUAAGGUUGAAAUCUGAUGUCAUACUUUUGAACUGCUUUCCAGAAUGAUUGGUGUGGAAUGGCUCAACAUACUGCUACUGUGUUACAAUUAUGUAAUGAUUUAUCAUGUGUGAUGUUUUAGAAGGUUAUCAGUGCCUGAGAGACACACUGUAACGGGUGGCCUUGAUCAGAAUACACACACACAUGCACAACAUUGAAAUCCUUAUGUGUUUUACAGAAUAAUAAGAAAUAAUUUGUUGGUGAUCAUGCCCUAUGUGAGUGUGAUGUGUCAACCUGAUUUCAGAGAAGGAUCAUUGUGAUGAAACUGAUCCAGGCUACCCAAUGUGAAAUAUAUGUGUGACAUGUAUGAAACUCCAGCUGGAGUUGCAAUCUGUAUAUCCAGUCAGGCUCUCAACUGUGGCCCUGGAUCUUGACACCCAACUAUGAAGGCAAGUCAUGCGAUUUGUAGCGACGCUCACCAUCACUGGGACUAUCACCUGAUACAGGAGUUGCCUCCCCUGGUUAUCCCCAUCUUGUUUGGGUUGAUGACGGAGCCUCCUUGACCUUGACAUUCACCCCCCACACCAGACAGGCAGGUUAUGUGAAGAGCAGUCUGUUCUGUGUCGUAACUGUCAGUCACACAAACUACACGAUUAUACAAUUCCAGGAAGUUCUUGAAUUUGUAUGUUCUUAUGCACUGGAUGCUACACAGUUACUCCUGUCUACCUGGUGAGGAGGAGGAGACAAGACUUGAACUAUUGACAUGCGUGUGUGGGAUCAGAGCUCCACUUCUGAACAGUUGAGGCAGCAACAGAAGUCACACCCUUUAUUGCAGCUUCUCCAAGUCUCUUGCAAAGACAUUUUUCUGUAAUUUCAUCAACUCUGUUACAACACAAGAAUGUACAAUGACCUGUAUUCAUAGGCUUGAAUGGAGCUCUUUAGAAGUAGGAAUGCAGCUGUCUUUACAAGAGUACAACUCUCUCACUGGAAGUGUGUCACUUCCAUCAGCAGACAGUGUGAGCUCUGACCCAUACACGUCCCUACAGAGACCGAUGCUUGUUGUAUGUACAUUGUAGCCUCUCUGAUACUCAAGUUACCCUGUUAAACCAGCAGGGUAUGUCCUCAGUCCAUGGGUGUGUUGUAAUACCAGGACAGAUGAUAUGUCCUACUUCUUUAACAGUAUGUGAACUGUUCUUAGAGUUGGACACAACUGAUAAGUUUUAAUAUGAUGCUAUUUUACUGACACUGAUGAAUACUUUGUUAUUGACUAGAGAACUAGAUUGUAAUGCCUGGUGUGGCAUUGAGUAACAUAUCAGUACCCAGCUCGGGUCACGUAGUUGGCUUCAUUUUGUGAUUGAGUAUAGCUAUAGAACGUGCUCUCCUCAAAUAAGCUUUGUAUAGUCUCCCACUUGCUUUCAUUGGUCAGUUAUUUAAGAAAAACUUUCUUUUUAAGCCAUUUAAAAAACAUUUAGUUACAUUUCAGUCAAAAAGGAAAAAUAUUUAUUUCCAUUUUUGUGUGUGAUCAGCACAGUGUGUGUUAUACUGUGUUUAGGCAAAAUUAAGAAGUACAACUUGACAUAAAUUUUCUUUACAACUAAUUACAGACAAGUUCAGGCUUCAAGUGACAUGAUUGGUCGGUCUGGUUACCGGGAACAUAUAUAUUUUAUUGUUUGGCCUCAGCACCUCUCCUGUUGGUGUUGUAGUUGGUGUUGUUAGCACAAGUUUGCAGGCAGAUGGCCGCCGGAUGGACGGACGGACGGACGGACAGACACUCAACAGUCCACAGCACAGUGCUUGUAGUGGAGGAGGAAGCUUUAGAUUGGAAUAUUUUCCUAAGUAAUUGUUGCGUUUUUACCUUUUUUUAAUAUUGUUAAGAUGCUUUUUUGUGAAUCAUUAUAAAUGUUUGUGUCUGUGAUAAUUUAAGUAUCAGAGAGGUUAGGCUGAUUUGUAAGUCUCCCAGAGUUGGUCACCUGAUUGUGUGAACAUCAGCUCUACUGUAUCGAGGCAGUGGUCUGCUGGCCUCGGAGCUGAUCACCUGAUUGUGUGAACAUCAGCUCUACUGUAUCGAGGCAGUGGUCUGCUGGCCUUUACCUGGAAUGGUCCUAUAUGUUACUUUUACAUUUUCAAGGCUUAGAUGUGAAGAAAACAUUAGCCACAGGUUUCCCUGGCCGUGCCCACUCUCCGUGGUCAGACUGACCCGGGGAGAGGUCAGGGGGACCGUCUGUUUGUCUUUAUCACUGGUCUGUGGUAAGAAAGAAGUGCUCUAACAAGAAACUUCUGCUGCGGAUCGUGUGUCCGUUUUACUUUAAAAAAUAAUAAAAUAAUUUCGUUUUUAUUGCA